GCCCGCUGGGCUGGCUUGAUGUGGCUGAUGAUGAUGAUAACGAUAGUUAAGGCAAUGAGGAGCACAGGGGCUAGGGUAUUCCCUGGAACGGAUCAAUUACAGUACUCUGUGUGCCGAGACAAAGUUUGAGAGCUGAGACUUUGCAAGCAUGGAUGUGGUGUCACCAGAGCUCAACAGCCUCCUUCCUGAUGAGAUCAUGGAUACCGAGGCCAUAGAGGACAUCCCUCACUCCCAACCCGACGGCACCUCGGCCCAGUCAGAACCCAGUGAUGACACAUCAGUCCCGAUGGAAACGGAUACACCCAUGGCUUCAGAAAAUAUGAGCCUCUGCUCGGAUGCUACUUCAACAGAACAGACUCAGACUCUGACCACCUCCACCCCCACAGACUCCACAUUCAGCAUCAGCACUGGAAGUCAGCUUCCUAUCUCAAUUUCUGGCACAUCCUCACCCCUUCUUGCCCUCAAACCAUCCACGGCUACUUCCACAGCCACUACCAAAACCACAGAUAGUGUGACUGGGACUACUGUGUCUACCAGUGGUUUACAGAAGCUCACAGCUCCGUUCACCAUCUCUGCUGCAAACCACCAGAUCAUUCUCAACAAGGUGGCCUCAUCUCAAGCCACAGAAGCAGCAAAGUCUGCAGGCAAUCAACCCCAAGUCAUCAAGCAGGAAGGACAAAAACUUUUGGUUACAGCAAUAGGAAAGGCGGGACAACCUAUAGUGCUGCAGUUACCCCACACAGGCAGCAAGCCUGGUGUUUCACAAACUUCAGGAGACACUAAAUCUCAAGCUCCACAGUUUAAAGUGGUGACUAUUGGUGGGAGAUCGGAGCUGAAGCCGGUGGUGGGAAGUGCUGGCAGCCAAGUGACCACAUUACAGGCCCAGCAGCUGAAGACUGUACAGAUUGCUAAGAAAACACCAACGUCCUCAGCUGCACCAAUCAAGUUUAUCAUCACAAAAACUGUUAACAGCAAAGGUCUAAGUCCUCAGUCAUCAGUAUCUCCUGUUAUUGCAGGACGGGUCCUGACACAGAAUUCCCCAGUGAUGCCCCCAAGGACCAUUACUCUCUCUGAGCCCCACAACACUAGUAUACAAACUCUCCCCGGCAAAAAGAUUGCUAUUUCACCCCUCAAGACUCCCAGCAAGGUGACUGUGGUAUCUGUGGCCUCCCCAACCUCUAACACCUCUCAGAAGUCUGUGGCGCUGCCUGUUAAUGUAGCGCUCGGCCAGCAGAUCCUCACAGUCCAGCAGUCCACGUCUGCAUCUCCAGUCAAGGUGGCCACCAGCCAAACCACGACACAGAAUAUUAAACCAGUGCAGUCUGUCGCUGUGGGAGGAGUCGCUGGCUCCCAGUUCAAGACCAUCAUCCCACUGGCCACCCAGCCGAAUGUGCAGCAGAUUCAGGUGUCAGGUAACCGGUUCCAGUACGUCCGCCUCGUCACGGCAACCACAGCUAGCAGCACGGGACAGCCCAGUGGUCCCAGCACCAGCUCUAUACAGACAGCGAAACCUAUGGUGGUCAGUACAGGAGCAGUCAGGAUGUCUGUCCCGAUUGUCCCAGCACAGACCAUCAAACAGGUGGCACCGAAGCCCUUGACAUCAGCAGCAGUCGUAACCACCACUCAGACCCAGCAACGCCUGAUCAUGCCCGCAACUCAGCUACCCCAGAUCCAGCCCAACUUCACCAACCUCCCUCCAGGCACCGUUCUGGCACCAGCACCAGGAGGCGGGAACGUGGGCUACGCAGUCGUACCAGCACAAUAUGUCACACAGCUCCAGCAGUCACCGUUUGUGACCCUCGCCAGCAGCUCUGGUUUCCCUGCGUCCACUGGGAUCCAGACUCAGGCCAAACUGCCACAUAAUGGCUUGUCGACAGCAGAAACGACCUCUAGACCGAGGAAACCAUGCAACUGCACCAAGUCCCAGUGUCUCAAACUGUACUGCGACUGCUUUGCAAACGGAGAAUUCUGCAACAAUUGUAACUGCAACAACUGCUUCAAUAACCUGGAGCAUGAAACAGAGCGUCUGAAAGCCAUAAAGACGUGUCUGGACCGGAACCCCGAAGCCUUCAAACCUAAAAUUGGUAAAGGCAAAGAGGGAGAGUCAGACCGGCGACACAGCAAAGGCUGCAACUGCAAGCGAUCGGGCUGCCUGAAGAACUACUGCGAGUGCUACGAGGCGAAGAUCAUGUGCUCGUCCAUUUGUAAGUGCAUCGGCUGUAAAAACUUCGAGGAGAGCCCGGAGAGGAAGACGCUGAUGCACUUGGCCGAUGCAGCAGAAGUGAGAGUUCAGCAGCAGACGGCAGCCAAGACCAAGCUGUCCUCACAGAUCUCAGACCUGCUCAUGCGGACGACGCCAGUUAUUUCGAGUGGAGGCGGGAGGCUGCCGUACACGUUCGUAACAAAGGAGGUGCUCGAAGCGACGUGCGAGUGUCUGCUGGAACAGGCCAAGAAGGCAGAACAGACUCACCAGCCUCAGGCCGAAGCGGAGCGCUUGAUCCUGGAGGAGUUCGGACACUGCCUCAUGAGGAUAAUCAGCUCCGCGGGGAAAGCCAAAGCAGACUGCUCCUCCAUCAACUGCUAGGCGGAGCAACGUGUCCGUCCCCGCCCUCCGACCCGCCCCGGCCGUGCGGGCCGAGAAGCACGAAUUACUCUGCGCUCUGUCUCGGACCCCCGGGGUUUCUGUCCUGCAGGGAAACGGGCCGUCUCCCUCAUCUGAAGGCGGAACGAUGGCCUCAGAGUAGAUUCCCAGCUUCGGACGAGCUAUAGCCAGCUGGAAUAAUAAACAUGGAAGAGGCGUCUGCACCGUUCACUGACUCACUGAAGGACAAACGGACAGAGCAGAUCGUCUCUGAUGGACCUUCAGAGCUGUUCUCACACUCGUUCACCUGGCUGUGAGGGACAGAGGUGGCUGAGCGAGGUGUCGCUGGACAGGAAUGAAAUCAUUUCCUCACUUUAUUUUCCCUGUCAGAUCUGUUUUCCCUCAAACUUUUGUUCUUCCAUUUUACUCCGUUUUCUUUUAUUCUUUCCCCUUUUUGAGGUUUUUGAAAAAAGAAAUGCCUGUAAUUUGUAUGUUAUCAUCUGUGCUGACAGUAGACGGACAGAACUUGUAUCUUUUUAUAUUUAUUUUGACAAGUAUUUUUAAUCAUUGUGUGCUGCAAAAUGUUAAUAAUUAACCAAGGCUAGGCUAAAUUACUUCAAUGAAAAUGUGUAGAGGCAAUCUUAGAUAAGAUGAAUGCACACACAUAAUGUAUUAUACACACACACACACCGUUCAGAAUAGUUGAAAUGUGGCUCAGUCGGAGGAGGUACACAGAUCUUCUGGUUUAUUAGUCACGUUAUGCUUACUUUACAUUAAAAAAACACCAUGAAUGGAAACUCAAAUGAGACCUGAAUGACUUGUUAAAUGAUUCAUGUUGCUAACUGGGGGUGAGCAGGCCGGAGGAACACAAGUGACGGUCAGCUGAUCCGUCCGAGGCCACAGAUGAAGAGCAGCGAGCAUCUGUUCUGACUGCUCAUAUCAGGAAGGCACAGGAGUAACUAAUAACAGUAACAAUGGCUUCUUUUCAUUCACUUUUGUGCGCUCUGAGGUCGUGGGUUUGUGUUUCCGUCAGAACUGCUUGUGGGACAGUUGAACAGCUCCAGAAACCUGGAUGUUGCAUUAGGAGGCGUCGUGUCUGAAAGGUUCUGUAACUUUCCGAAAACAGACGAUCCGACGUUCACUCUCAAAUCAGGCUAUGUGGAGCUGAGAAAGGAUUUGACCUUACACACUUAUUGUUUUCCUGAUAUUUAAAUGAGCAGCUCUUCCGCCGCCUUCCGGUGUAGCACAUCCCAGCAGCUAUAAACACACAACAUAUCAUACAAACUAGUUAUUUCCUCGCGUAACGGUGCUCUCACUGAAUCCAAAAGCCCCUGAAAACCAAUUUCCUGUCACCUAACACGAGUGAUGGCGUCCGACAUGAACACAAGUGUUUUUGCCAAAGCGUGAACAGUUCACGUGAGAUUUCUGUGUUCGUGGUUUUCGUCAGUGCUUUUCUCUCAGGUGUGAAGCGAGCUGAGCUGAGGCUGGAAAAAGGAAAAGCCCAAAUCUGAUGACAGCGGUGUGUUUGUUGUGAAGCAGGUUAGCAGAGUUUUUGACUGUUCAAAUAUUCCAAACUGAUUGAUUGAUGCGUAUUUAGUUACAAACAUGUAAUGUAAUACCAGAAGCCCCUGAAAACUCUCUUACAUUCGAUAUUCAUGACCCCAAAAGCAACAAAGUAAAAAGUAUUUUAGUUUUUCAACUAGAAAUUAAUAUUAAAAGAGUCUUUUUUUUAGGACAAACUUGCUCAUCAAAGCGUCUCAGAUGUGAUGACUUGCUGCUUUUCUUUGGUCCUGUCUGAUUGUAACUGAAUAUUUUGGGUUUUGGUAGAAUGAAAAAUCGUUGACGUGAGUUUUAUCUUCUGCUUGUGUUUCUAUUACAAGUCAAACCGUCUGUCCGCCUCUUUCUUUCUCUGACAAUUAUUCCAAACUGACGCUGUCAGUUUAUUGGUGUUUUGCCUCCAUGUUAAAGUUGUCCUGUGGAGGGCGCCAUGGAGCCAUGUUUUUGUAAGACUGUCCCAGAUUCGUACUACAUACUAAUCCCAUACAGUAUGUGCUGCAUACUA